AAUGGUCUAUGGCUUGGAGAGGUCCCACCCCAGCUACAAAACCUGAGUUUCACUGAGAAAAUGCUGAUAGCACGUGUAAAACAUAACCACUGCAUUGUCAAGGUCCACAUGUCAGGCAUGUCCAAGCUACGUGCUAAUGUGGUCAGUCAUUCGCUUCCUAUGCCCAAGAUAUAUUCUGUGCUUCCACCUAGAUGUGAGGAAUUGAGUGAGGUAUUAGCAUUCUUAUAUCUUGGACCUAAUCAGCCAACCUCCAAAGAGUAUAAGCGCACACCCAUGCUCGUACGGCGUAACAAAGUGGCGGAUGCGCUUGAAUGGCUCAAACUCAAUCACAUUGACUAUGCUGAUCUUAAGAUAUCCUAUGACAACAUCAAUUCAUAUCCCGAGGAUGAGCCGCCUGUGAUUGUAAAUUACUCAAAGAGCAUGGAGUCCAAUGUAGAUCCUGAAGCAUCAGCUGUAAAUGCAAGUGAAGAAGAUGAAGGUGCAGAUGAUGGAGCCUGUCCUUUUGUUGUGCAUGGAUUAACAGGAGCAAGCCUUGAGCACAUGGGAAAAAUCAGACCAUAUGAGAUCACUGCACGAGCUAUUGAACACUUCAAAUCUGGAGGCAAAGUGUUGGGCAUAGGUCAAUCA